UCUCUUUAUAAGCCCGCAGUUCCCGGAUGUGAAUGGAUUACAAUGUAUCUUUCAGGGAAACCUAUUAUUAUCAAUGUGACUCCACGGGGGAGUCCAUGGUGAUGAUGAUGAGGAGGAGGAUGAUGAUGAUGAGACACCUCUAAACUUGGAACAAGUUUAAGACUUUAUGAGAGAAGAAAAAAAAAUCACCAACAAGAUUUGAGGAAAAAUUAUAACUAUCCUGUGUUGAUUUUUUUUUAUAAACAAUAAGAAAAAGUUGUUGGAUUUUUUUUUAAUGAUUUCUUUUUUGGGGGAGGGAAUUUUGUUGCAGUUUUAUGGUGGAAAAUGCAAAAACCAGAGCCAGGUGCAUAAUCUUGUAAUCUGUGGAUAUCCCUGGAGCAGGACUGAGUACCAGUUAAAAUACUUUUUGGGGAUACACAUGUGAGAUACUAAGUACUUGCAGAAGAUUUUUGUCUCUCUUUUUAAAGUCUCUUUCCUUGGAAUAUUGUGAGAAUAUUUGUGGCCAUUUAAGAUGUUUUCACCUCCUGUGAGCAGUGGGAAAAAUGGACCAACUUCUUUGGCAAGUGGACAUUUUACUGGCUCAAAUGUAGAAGACAGAAGUAGCUCAGGGUCCUGGGGGAAUGGAGGACAUCCAAGCCCGUCCAGGAACUAUGGAGAUGGGACUCCCUAUGACCACAUGACCAGCAGGGACCUUGGAUCACAUGACAAUCUCUCUCCACCUUUUGUCAAUUCCAGAAUACAAAGUAAAACAGAAAGGGGCUCAUACUCAUCAUAUGGGAGAGAAUCAAACUUACAGGGUUGCCACCAGCAGAGUCUCCUUGGAGGUGACAUGGAUAUGGGCAACCCAGGAACCCUUUCGCCCACCAAACCUGGUUCCCAGUACUAUCAGUAUUCUAGCAAUAAUCCCCGAAGGAGGCCUCUUCACAGUAGUGCCAUGGAGGUACAGACAAAGAAAGUUCGAAAAGUUCCUCCAGGUUUGCCAUCUUCAGUCUAUGCUCCAUCAGCAAGCACUGCCGACUACAAUAGGGACUCGCCAGGCUAUCCUUCCUCCAAACCAGCAACCAGCACUUUCCCUAGCUCCUUCUUCAUGCAAGAUGGCCAUCACAGCAGUGACCCUUGGAGCUCCUCCAGUGGGAUGAAUCAGCCUGGCUAUGCAGGAAUGUUGGGCAACUCUUCUCAUAUUCCACAGUCCAGCAGCUACUGUAGCCUGCAUCCACAUGAACGUUUGAGCUAUCCAUCACACUCCUCAGCAGACAUCAAUUCCAGUCUUCCUCCGAUGUCCACUUUCCAUCGUAGUGGCACAAACCAUUACAGCACCUCUUCCUGUACGCCUCCUGCCAACGGGACAGACAGUAUAAUGGCAAAUAGAGGAAGCGGGGCAGCCGGCAGCUCCCAGACUGGAGAUGCUCUGGGGAAAGCACUUGCUUCGAUCUAUUCUCCAGAUCACACUAACAACAGCUUUUCAUCAAACCCUUCAACUCCUGUUGGCUCUCCUCCAUCUCUCUCAGGUACAGGCACAGCUGUUUGGUCUAGAAAUGGAGGACAGGCCUCAUCGUCUCCUAAUUAUGAAGGACCCUUACACUCUUUGCAAAGCCGAAUUGAAGAUCGUUUAGAAAGACUGGAUGAUGCUAUUCAUGUUCUCCGGAACCAUGCAGUGGGCCCAUCCACAGCUAUGCCUGGUGGUCAUGGCGACAUGCAUGGAAUCAUUGGACCUUCUCAUAAUGGAGCCAUGGGUGGUCUGGGCUCAGGGUAUGGAACCGGCCUUCUUUCAGCCAACAGACAUUCACUCAUGGUGGGGACCCAUCGUGAAGAUGGCGUGGCCCUGAGAGGCAGCCAUUCUCUUCUGCCAAACCAGGUUCCGGUUCCACAGCUUCCUGUCCAGUCUGCGACUUCCCCUGACCUGAACCCACCCCAGGACCCUUACAGAGGCAUGCCACCGGGACUACAGGGGCAGAGUGUCUCCUCUGGCAGCUCUGAGAUCAAAUCCGACGACGAGGGUGAUGAGAACCUGCAAGACACGAAAUCUUCAGAGGACAAGAAAUUAGAUGACGACAAGAAGGAUAUCAAAUCAAUUACUAGGUCAAGAUCUAGCAAUAAUGACGAUGAGGACCUGACACCAGAGCAGAAGGCAGAGCGUGAGAAGGAGCGGAGGAUGGCCAACAAUGCCCGAGAGCGUCUGCGGGUCCGUGACAUCAACGAGGCUUUCAAAGAGCUCGGCCGCAUGGUGCAGCUCCACCUCAAGAGUGACAAGCCCCAGACCAAGCUCCUGAUCCUUCACCAGGCGGUGGCCGUCAUCCUCAGUCUGGAGCAGCAAGUCCGAGAAAGGAAUCUGAAUCCGAAAGCCGCGUGUCUGAAAAGAAGGGAGGAAGAGAAGGUGUCCUCGGAGCCUCCCCCACUCUCCUUGGCCGGCCCACACCCUGGAAUGGGAGACGCAUCGAAUCACAUGGGACAGAUGUAAAAGGGUCCAAGUUGCCACAUUGCUUCAUUAAAACAAGAGACCACUUCCUUAACAGCUGUAUUAUCUUAAACCCACAUAAACACUUCUCCUUAACCCCCUUUUUUGUAAUAUAAGACAAGUCUGAGUAGUUAUGAAUCGCAGACGCAAGAGGUUUCAGCAUUCCCAAUUAUCAAAAAACAGAAAAACAAAAAAAAGAAAGAAAAAAGUGCAACUUGAGGGACGACUUUCUUUAACAUAUCAUUCAGAAUGUGCAAAGCAGUAUGUACAGGCUGAGACACAGCCCAGAGACUGAACGGCAAUCUUUCCACACUGUGGAACAAUGCAUUUGUGCCUAAACUUCUUUUGGAAAAAAAAAAAUAUAAUUAAUUUGUAAGUCUGAAAAAAAAUAUUUAAUUUAAAAAAAAUUGUAAACUUGCAAUAAUGAAAAAGUGUACUUCUGAAGAAAACUACAUGAACGUUUUUGUUGGUAUUCAAGUCAGCUAGUGUUUAUAAUUACUGGAUAUUGAAUUAGGGGAAGCUCAGCUGCCCUAGUAACAAAACCAGCAAACGUCCUGAUGACAACGAAGUGAUGACAUUAGCCAUUCCUUAGGGUAGGAGGAACAGAUGGAUCUUAUAGACCUAUGACAAAUAUAUAUAUAAAUAUAUAUAUAAAUAUAUAUUAAAAAUUUAGUGACUAUGGUAAGCUUUUGUUCAUUUGUUUCAGACUUUUUUCUCCUGUAAAAAAAUAGUACUGAUUAACUUUUUUAAAGAAAGAUUUUACUGUAAAUAUGGAUUUUUUUUUUUUUUGGUCUUAUUUCUGUCCCUUUCCCUGGUUUGUUAUCGUAACCUGUAGUGCCAACUCUGCUUCCAGAGGGGUAGUGCAGGAUGAAAUGCUGACCCUGAUGUUGCUUCUCAUUCAUAAAUAAGUAGAAAGUUGUUUCUCCAGUCUUUUGGGAACACAGGACUUAAAAGUCACAUCAUGUGUAGAUAUUACAAGCAGCAUUACCAAGACAUGGCAAAAAGAGUUUGUCUGAAUUGUAAUGUUGCGUUUGUGACCCUAUUCUGGGAUUUUCAGAGGUACAAGGUUAGAAUGCUACAAUGUUACCACUGUGCCUUCCAAUGUUUAUAUCAUCGGAAACAUAACAUAAUCAAAGUGGCUGUGAUUUAACAAAAUGAUUAAAGUGUUACCUACCUGUGUAGCCGAAGUAGUGUGCAGUGAGGCGUUUCUGAAUACAUGGUCAGAUUUUUGGAAAAAAACAAAAACAAAAAAAACAAGUAAAGUUCAAAAACCGUCAAAUGAGAAAAUUGCAAGUAGUGUGACAGAGCUGAUUGAUUUUUUUGCUUUCUUGAUUUUUUUUUUCGAAAUGGGUUUACUAAAAUGUAGAUGACUUAACUGCCUCCUCCUUCGUCUGAAAAAUGCCAAUAUUCAAUCAUCAUGCAGCAUUAUAACAAGCCUUAUAAGUCCUAAAGCAUUAAGUUGCACUUUUUUGAGGAGGGGUAGUGCAGUAUUUCUCUGGCCAGUAUGAAUGAAGUUUAUACUUACCAUAUUUGAUAGAAACAUAGAUCAAGCUAUGGCACAGCGACUCAUCAGAUAGCUAGCUUUGACGUCUGGGCACAAUUGAACCAACUUCCAUCGUGAAUCUUUAUAAUGAUUGACUUUGGUGUAUAGUGCAGUAAACAAAUAGUGCUCCUAGUUAAGUAUUUGUCAGCAUCCUUUUGUCUCUAACUCGUUUCUAUUUUUACAGCCACACAAUUCUUGGCAUGUAUUAAGAAAAAAAAAAUCCCUGUUCAAGUAGUUUUUCCACCUAUCAGCACUGAGUAAAUGCCAUAAAUCCAUUGAAAUGGUCUAAAUGUUCCAUCUGUUCUCCUGUUUUGCCAGUUAUAUAGUAAUGAAAUACAUUUGUAAAUUUUAUGCAACAAAUGGCAAACGUAUCAUUAUUUUGAAAUUGUGUAUGUAAAAGUUAUAUUUUUACAUGUAGACUCUUGUUAUUAUGUGUUUUAAUACAUUGUAUCAGUUUUUGUUUUUUUUUAAAAAACUGUGUGGUUUAAAAAGAAGUCUCAUUUAAAUGAAAUAGCUACAAGAAUCAGAAUUUUAUGUUCAUUUCUGAAAAUGUAAGAACAAAUAAGAUAGUUACCACGUGGUCAUCUUACAAACCCAUAAACAUUUUGAUUAGCUGUGUGUGUGUUGAAAAACUGUAAAUAUGUUCAGUAGCGAUAAAACUAAAAUAACUUUGAUUUGUUGAUAAGUUCCUAAAAUGUGGAGGUGGAUUAAAACCUUAGGAGAAUAGCAGAAAUCAGACUUCAUGAAAAGUUAUUUUGAGGCUUUCCUGUGAAAUGUAUGAACAAAGAGGCUCAGAGAAGGGCAUGGAAGACAAUAAUGUAUACUCUCUCCUCCUCCCUGAAUAAUGAAAACCAUGUGUACUUGUUCCCUCCGUAUGUUAAAGAUUUCCUUUUAGUGGUACAUUCUGCACUCAUUUUGUAUAGUCUACCAAGGCGGGUAUCCCUAGGAACAAUAUUAUAUAGGAAGCAGGUAUACUCUGAUCACAUUCAGGAUAAGUGUACA